CAGUCUGGGCUUGGGGCUGAUCCGCGAUGUCUCUAAAUUUCUCAGCCCAUAAAUUCGCAUUGCGUUUUAUCUCUCCUCAAAUUUUCUCGUUACCCAAACAAGGCAAAGAAAGGAAAUGAGCGGUCUUUCAAUAAGCCCCUCAAUUCAGUUGAAAAUCCGUCCCUAUUUUCGCUCCAAAUUCAACAGAAAUUCCUUAAUCACAUAUGCUCGAAUUGACAAUUCUCAAACGUCAAAAGAUCAACAGCAGGAACUAAACCUUUCUGUUCUUCGCUUCACAUUUGGCAUACCUGGGUUGGACGAAUCGUACUUGCCUAGAUGGAUAGGCUACGGGUUCGGCUCGCUGCUGCUACUGAACCAUUUUCUGGGUUCCAAUUCUGCCACUAGCCCGCCACAGCUGAGAACGGAGGCUUUGGGUCUUUCUUUGGCGGCAUUCUCCAUUGCACUUCCUUUCUUUGGAAGAUUUCUCAAGGGUGCUGCUCCAGUGGAUCGGCCAUCUCUUCCUCAAGGCGCCGAGCAAGUCUUUUUGAUGUCAGAGGAUAUCUCCAAUACUCAGAAGGAGGACUUGGCUUGGGCAACCUAUGUUUUGCUGCGAAAUACUAACACCAUUGCUGUGUUGAUAACGAUCCAAGGUAAAUUAUGUGUUCGUGGAUACUGGAACACUCCAGAUAACUUUCCAAAGGCUCAGCUACUCGAUUGGUUUAAGAUUCAGAUUGAAAAUAUUGGUUUGUUUGACAUGAAGGAAACCCUCUAUUUGCCGCAGACUGCAGAAUCUGGACUCUGGGAGAUGCUUCCCAAGGGGACUCGUUCCCUACUGGUAGAGCCUGUGAUUCAAGAUAUAGACCAAAGUACCAAUGAGAUGGAAAAGACUGUAGAUUUGGUCUUGUUGGCUUCAAGUAUUGUGUAUGCGUAUAGUGAUAAGGACAGAGCCUGGAUAAGAGCUGUGGCAAACAAAUUUGCAGGUGAGAGCAUAUGUUCAGAAUCAUAAAAAAUUUGCUAUGCAAUUUUGAUGUACGAAUUCAGUCAUCAGUAUCAACAGAAAAGCAUUCUUUAGUUAUUUCGCCAUUCGUGAUUGGCAGUGUUAAUGCACGGUUAUGCAGGUUGUCGUUGAAAAUGGCUUUCAUUCCUAGUUUGAUUUACUGUUAGCUGCUCUUGAAAACGUUACAGGCAAACUUGUGCUAUUACUUUUUCUUUUUAAUUAUCUUGAAAAUCAACUUGGAAACAAGUAUUUGCAUUCC